CACUCCCUGCCAUGACCUCUGGCUUUUGUUCUCGGAUGCCUUCAAGUACAAACCUCCCUGUUCUCGGAGUGUGGAAGACUACAUGCUGGCCGUGAGCAUGAUGUACCAGCACCUGCCUGAGGAUAUGUCCAUGUUCUACGACGGAGUCUACGACCUGGUCCAUAGAUACUCGGAGAAGGGCUCCAGGUUUAUCACACUCGAAGACACCCUGGCCGGCUACAUGUUGAAUCAGCUGACCUGGUGUGGCAUGAAGGAGCACCCGGGCUACAACGAGGGGUGGUGCCCCAAGUGCCGGGACAGCGCCACCGACGGUUUCUGGGGCGCCGCCUCAAAACAGUUCGCAAUACCUUAUUGUGUUAAAAACGCCGUAAACUCUCACUAA